AUGGAAGUCAGAGUGGCAGAGGGUUCUCCGGUUCAAGAUGAACCUGUCGAUCUCAGUUUGCGUUGUAAAAACGAUUAUUAUUUUAUUGAUUGUAGUGAAUUACGAAAAGGUGUAAGAUGUAUACAGAGCUACACAAGAAGAUGCAUGGACUUACAACAACGUAAUCAAUUUAAUAGAUUAUACCAUGGAACCAACCAAUUUAUUCGAGACUUGUGUAAUAAAGGCGAAUUUCAAGAUGAAUAUCUUAGGCAUGCACCUUGUAGUGAAAUUGCUAAGAAAGAAUUUGAGACUUGUGCCAACCAAUUUAAGGAAACCAUGGUCUUUCUUAAACCAAAUAAAAAUCAGGAAGCCGCCGAAAAUAACACCUUCGUUGAAAAUGUGAAAACAAUUUGCUGUUCCAUUAACGAGCUGGUUGACUGCUUUGAAGAUGCAGCGAAAAAAAUCUGUGGGUCGGAUGCUGCUAAAUUCACACGUGAGUUGGUCGAUAAGUACGCACACAGCUUAACAAAGUUUUAUUGCGAGGACUAUACACGACAUCCUGAAUAUUGUCAAGGUGAAGGCAAUACUUCAACUAGGUUGGGAAGUUGCUGGCAGUUUGUGUUUACAACCGUAAUUAUUAGUCUACUUUUAAGAAAGGUUUCAUUCUCUCAACCCAUUGAGGCGAUAUCGAGAUGGUCUUGGAUAUAACGUUAUAUUUACAACGUCGUAUAUCGAAACAUUACUUUAAAAAACAUUUUUAUUAUGUUUAUAAACUAAUAGGAUAAUAAUAUAUAUAUUAUAUAUAACUUAAUAAAUAAAAUUGAAAUAAUUUGUUGUAGAAUUCGCACGUGCUAAUUUAUAUAGGAAUUUUUAUUAUAAGUGAAUCUUUAAAAAAGACAAAAAGUUAGCGGAAACU